AUGGGACUGUCCCUACUUCCUCUGGGCAGGACUCCCCAGCUCUAUAAAGGGGCUCACACUGACAUUGCAGCUAUCCAUAAGCCACCUGGUUCCUCAUCUACAUUGGAGCAUCUGAUUCACCAAGAUCCAGGAAAGAUGUCGUACCAAUAUCAGGAGCAAUGCAAACAGCCUUGUCAGCCUCCUCCCAAGUGCCCACAGCCUUGCCAGCCCAAGUGCCCUGAGCCAUGCCCUCCCAAGUGCCCACCGCCUUGCCAGCCCAAGUGCCCUGAGCCAUGCCCUCCCAAGUGCCCACCGCCUUGCCAGCCCAAGUGUCCUGAGCCAUGCCCUCCCAAGUGCCCACCGCCUUGCCAGCCCAAGUGUCCUGAGCCAUGCCCUCCCAAGUGCCCACCACCUUGCCAGCCCAAGUGCCCUGAGCCAUGUCCACCACAGCAGUGCCAGCAGAAAUGCCCCCCAUGUCCUCCACCCUGCCAGCAGCAGUGCCCACCCAAGAGGAAGUAACAGUGCCUGAUGCUGGCAGCACCAUGAAACAAAUAUCUUGAGCAAUCCUGCAGAUACCUGGACUCCUACCCCUCUGAAUCUCCAGGCUUCUCUGACUUUGUUCUUCCCUGAAAGGAAAGUCAAGGAGAAGAGCUUUUGUCCUUAGAGCUGUGGUCAUUUCAGAAAUAAGACCUCUGCCUCACUCCCAUCUUCCACCCCCAUCUUCAUAUCUCCUGGGAUGACAGACUGCAGAGAAAGUACCACCCUGCUCUACACCAAGCUUCUUCAAUGGAGAGACAACCCUGAGAGAUCAGACUCCCUGGCCCCCUGCCACUGAAUGGGCUCUCCUCUGUGCUGUAACCUGGGUGAUCAUUUCCAUUCCCUGAGCCCUUGUAACUCUCCUCCCACCCCCACCCCAGCGCUGACCAAAUAAAGCAUAUUUC